AUGUUUGCAGCGAAUUUAAUGCGAACAAAUGAUGGAAACUCACUGUCGGCGAACAACGUUGAGUUUCACAUUCAAAACGAAGACUUCCCAGCCUUACCGGGCGCGAAUCACCUCGACGCCACACACGGACAGAUUCCUUUGGGAAACAACACGGAUGGAGUGUUAUCGGAUUCGAGGUACACAGAGAGGUCAACAACAACAAUAUCAGAAAACACCAAAACGGGCAUCCAAACGUUUCCAGACGGUACCGUAAAGAAUAUCCCAGCCGGUAUGUUGAGUGAUCAGUUUGGUAUGGCCGGACUGCUCACAUUCCUGCGGGCGAUUGAGAGUGAUCCCGCAAUCGUUGCGUUAGCCUUGGGUCAUGAUCUUACCACGCUUGGGCUUAAUCUCAACGCACCUGAACGAAAUCUGUAUGCAACUUUCGGUGGACCAUGGGCGGAUUUCCCGUGUAGGACACAGGACUUAGACGCGAAGGUGCCCGAGGAAUAUCUAACGAAUGUGGCGAUCCGCGAAAAGUUGCCGAAUAUAAAGUUGAAUAAGCUUAGUGAGGAUGUUCUCUUCUACCUCUUUUACAAUUGCCCUGGUGAGGUGUACCAAAUGGCAGCCGCAUGUGAGUUGUACAGUCGAGACUGGCGGUUCCAUAAGGGAUUAUGCGUGUGGUUGACACGAUCGCAAUACGGUGGAGUGAAGGAGCAAACAUCGACUUACGAGAAAGGCUCUUAUAAUGUAUUCGAUCCUGUGCAGUGGCGAAAAAUUCCAAAGGAUAUGACCUUGGAGUAUAAAGAGUUGGAAGAACGACCGAAGCUGCCUCAAUCCUUACAACAGCAACAACAGCAAACGUCGGGUCAGCAGGCUGCCCAGACGGGCGCUACGAACGUUGUCUCCCAGAAUGGUUCCUAG